AGGCAAUUACUAAAAAACGAGAAGGGAGGUUUCUUAUCAAGUUUAGGACACUUGGUGGAACUGAAUGGUUUAGGCUUGAUGGAAUUUAUAUAGCAAACUUAUUAGCAGGAGCGCAGCCAGAAUUUUCUCAAAGCUACGGACACUUUUACCAAAUCCGCCGUAACCAGUCUUCUAAGCUCCAAAUUGCUUUCAUGCGUGUACUUGAAUUGAUUAAUUUCUGUUUUCUUAUCAGUAUGGUCAUGGUCAAGUAAUCAUUUCUCUUGACUGAAGAGAAAUGAUUGAAAAGUGUCCCUCUGCAUGCUUGUUCUUGAAUAAGGAAAAUUGUCUAUCAAAACAUUCUGGUAAAUGUAAAUCAAUCUAAACAAAUGAAUGCACCAUUACUAUAAACGCGUUUAUUUUCUCUUGAAUCUUUUCAGAGAAAAUUCUUUCCACGCUGGCUCAGUUUGAAAAGAUGAACUCUAAAGUUGUGAUUUUUGCUUUGGCAAUUUGCCUGUUUGUUACAGCGUCUGGCGGUAAGUCUGUUUUUUUUUUUCUUGAUCUAUUACACAACACACAAAACAGUGAAUUUUAGUAGGUCACAACAUAACAUGCAAAUAUUUGUACUAAUAACUUAAUGUGAUUCCACUGUAUUGGGGAUAAAAUUCGUCGGCAAUUCCUUUUUUAAUCUUGUCAAACGUCACCGGCUUCGAGUUCAUUUGACUAUUAUUCCUCAUAAAAACGGCCAGAAACAACAAAGGAUAUUAAUUGUCAUUAUGUGGCCAAGUUUGGUAAUCAACGGAAGAUUAUUGUAAGGAGUUAUAAGGAGUUUUUAUUCCAGCCUUGUUUUCAUUCUAAAAGGUAACGUGACAUAAACUUAAUAAAAAAUCUAUCAAAAAUGAGAAUAGUCUAGAAAUCCUACGACUGACACACAAUUUUCGAAAAGUAGAGACACCAAUAAUGGAAAAUUUCAAUCAAAAGCAACAUUGUAUAAAAGUAUAAAUCUUUACUGAGAUAUCCUUUGAUUUCCCAAUUAAAACCAUUUAGGUCAUUCCGCAAGGCAUAAUUCUCCCAAGAAAGAGCUUCAGGAAGAUGGGGAAUUGCAUGAUGACGUGUGCAAAAAGCUCCUAGAGUCGGCCUCUUAUGAGACACAUACCCUCAUGCAAAUCCUUUACGACUCGUCUUGUCAACCAAAAGGAUGGGAAGGAUUCUUCAAUCGAGCCGACGUGAAAAAAAUGGUAGAAGAUAUCUCCAGUCGGCUUCAGGAAGAUUCUCAAGUGAAGGGGCUCGAACUGAAUCCAAAAAUCGGAUGGAUUUUCAGAGCAUUCCAUAUGGUUCCUCCUGACCAAGUAAAGGCUAUAAUUAUGGGUCAAGAUCCAGCCCCACAACCUGGCCUAGCAACGGGGCUCUCAUUUAGUCUAGAUCCCUCGGUCCAUCCCAAAACUGUCCAAAGUGUGCUAAGAGUGAUUCUUGAAGCUCGAAACGAAGGGUACUGCGUCAAUGCUAGUGUUGGUGUCUUGGAGAACUGGGCUAAACAGGGCGUUCUUCUGCUAAACACAGCGCUGACCUUAGUACAGAAAAAAAUUGGCUCGCACAUACCAAUCUGGAAAAAAUUCAGCCGUGAAAUAAUGAAGUACAUCAACGACAAUAUUAAUCCAUCCGUUUGGAUUCUUUGGGGUAGCAAAGCCAAGGCUCUAGAGAACAAAAUCGACAAGAGCAAACAUUACAUUGUGAAAGGAGGCCAUCCAUCGCCCAGGGCACCUGCCGAAAAGUUUUUUUGUCAAAAUUACUUCUCCUGUGCAAACGAGUGGCUGUGUAAGAAAGGCCGUGGCACGGUGGACUGGAACCUAGUUCCUCUGCCCUGCAAAAAACACGCCAGUCGUUUGUUUGGGUGGAAAAGGUCUGGUUCAGGGUUUUAUGAAAAAGAUGAAUGUGAAAUGCAGCCCUGCCCUGCAUUCUAAUGUAUUAAGGUAAACAAGAGGAUUGGAAUAAAGUACUGUAAAGUAUAAAAAUAAUGUUCAUAUAGUCUUUUGUGUUUAAUACUUUGCUUAGAACAUGCAAUCACUUUAAUACUAGUUUUUAAUUAAUCAUCUUUAGGCAGGAGUAAGCGAAAUACUCUUUUAUCUGGUGAAGGAAUAAGACAGUGUUUCUUCAAAUAAAAAGCUAUGUUAUUUGUGCAUGCAGAUGAAACACUGUUAAGCUGGUAUAAAAAAUGAAGUUGCUGGAGACUACACAAUUGAGUUAAAUGUGGCGACUUGUAAGACAACAUCACUUAAAUCAACAUAGACGUAUGAGUGGAAAUGGUCGAACAGAACAAACUGUGUCUUCCUGCGAAACAAACACGCAUUUGUAAGGUUAUUUACAUAUCUCCAGAUGCGACCCAGUUCGUCGGUCACCAGAUUUAUUAGAUAAGGGUUUUUUCUUUGUUUUUUGUUUUCGUUCGUGUUGCGAUCCAAAGCAGACAAGUUUCGAAGUGGAGGUUCAUCAGAAGUUCGAAGUUCAAAGUUCAUCAGACCAAUCAGAUUUUUCUUCCUAACUAUUUGAUGGCAUCUGUUCAUCUUUAUCAGAGCCUUUUUUCAUAUUUUUAGACGGAAAACGUUUUACUACAAGCGUUUAAAAAUAUAUUUGAUCAACUAUUUUGGUUCAAAUUGCUCCUCGAGAGGCUUAGUUAGACUUUGUUCUGCCGGGCUCAAUCGACACUUAAGGUCUGCAACAAACCUUCCUUUUUAAUGUCGAGUGUUUUUUAGUAUCGCGAAAAAAUAUACACAGCAAUGAGAGGCCCUCUUAUCAACAAACCUCUACAAUGAAUUACAAAACCUGUUACAACCCGUAGCUUCAUGACUGCUCUUUCUUUUUCUUUAAGAUUACAUGAGACAAAAAGCACCAGCAGCACCAGGUAAAAUAAGAGUCAUUGACAUCGUUUCGACAGUUGUUGAUGAUCUGAAGACAGUACAAAUCGUUAGUUUAUUACUUUUUUAAGAAACAUGUAUCUUGUGCCGGAUAGUUGAUGAACUAAUAUCUCAAAAGUGUAAGACUGACGAGAACGCAGAAACGUAAGUGUUUUUUAAAAUUUAUCAUUUGGUGUCUUUUUAGAUUUAUCUCAAAAUUUAGAGAAAUUUCCUACGCUUGAUCUCCCACUAAAAUAUUUUCUGUGCAGUUAUCGAUUUCUUCAUUCAACUUUUUGUGAGUCUUGUCUUUCUGUAAGCAAAGAUUUUAUGGAAAAGUUUAUUGUUUUCUUAACUUAUCGUGGAUUAAAUUUCUAUGAGACUAAAAAUAACUGUUGUACUUACUCAUGAUCGAUCAGAUACACUGUAAAUUUGAAAAGAUUUUCACCCUGAAGUACCAACUAGCCCUGCAGGCCAAGUCUUUUUUACACACUAUAAGUUUCCUGUGGAGCCAUUUAAUAGGCAAUUUGAAUCAAAAAGGCCGACUCAAAUAUCUUUUAUAACAGUGAAUAUAUGAAAUCUUAUAUAUUUGGACGGUUAUGAGCCUUCUUCACGCACUGAUUCAAUCCUGUCUUUAACCAAGUUACAUAUCUCUUCUAUCAUUGGUGCAAGUAUGCCUCGCUGAUUCGCUCCUGCAUUGUACUGAUGAAACAUCCCAGUUCAAUGACCGCCUUACAUUUGCCAUGCCUAGGUCAGGGCGAUGAAACGCGUACUUGGUGACCCAUUUGUUUCUUGAUUUCCUGAUGAUGAUGUGCCCUAAGAACUGGAGCUGUCGUUCUUGUAACAGCUGCAUGAGCGGGACUUGUUUCACCCGGCCUCUCGAGGACUUCUUCUUUCUUGUUACCCAGAAAUAUUCUACAGCAAUUGGUUGGUCAGCUGAUGACUUUAUCUUCAAGUUUCUUUAAUUUGCUAGUGUUCCUGCGUCACAUCCGUAUAGAAGUAUCAGUAGAAAGGUUGUCUCGAACGAGUUGAUUUAAGGUCUGUAGAGGUAGUCGCCCAAGACUCUCUAACUUCCAGCGGCGAUGUUUCACAUAGCCUUCAUUUGAGGCCAUCCUUUAUACAAGGUAAAUGAAAUCAUCAGCGAGCUUGAUGUCUUCAUUAUUUGAGAUCGGAUUUUUCUUUGUGUUGAUGACGAGGACGAUCUUUUCGGUCUUAGCAUUUUUUUUUCAGCUGGUUAUGGGCUUCUUCGAGGGAAUUCCCAAGAGUAUCAAUAUUGUCUACAAAGUCUCAGGUCAUUAAUCACUUCCCUGAGGUAUCUGCCAGAUCUUCUGGGCGCUCUGGUAAAGUCGUGGUCUCCCUCUCAUUGCUUCAUUAUGAAAUCGUUGAUAACGAUGAGCAAAAAGGGGACCGAGACUUCCCCCCCCGGAAGGAAUCUAGUGACCUCAAACUCUUUAGUCAGAUGGCUAUCAACAUAUACUGCACUCUUGAAAUUGGUAUAUAGGGCUAUCGCGGUAUCAACUUAUGGUUAUCAAAGUUAUCAAAGAUGAACACUCAACUCACGAUUUUUGCUUUGGCAAUUUUCCUGUUUGCUACAUGUUCUCGUGGUAAGGCCAUUGACUUCUUCUACUCUAUUAAAGCUAGAAAACGUACGGCGCGGCAUAGUGGACUGGAACCUUGUUCCUCCGCCUUGCAAAAACCACGCCAGUCGUUUGUUUGGCCGGAAAAAGUCUGGUUCAGGGUUUACCGAGAAAGAAAGAUGUGAAAUGCAGCCCUGUCCGGCAUUUUAAUGUAAUGAGAUAAAUAAGGAGUUUGAAACAAAGUAAAACAUCUGUUCACUAUUAUUUGGAUUUGCAGUCACUACUCUUAAGUAAGAAGCAAACGAAAUCAGUCUUUUAUCGAAUUAAGGAACUGACUAAAAGACCUAGGUCACAGUGGGAAAUUCAGUUCUUGAAGUAAGGUGGCGGGGGAAGGAAGGUUUGAAAAGAAGCAUCUAAGUGCCUUGUCUAAAAGGAGGGGAAGAAUUACGGGCUCCUCCCCUAGACCUACUAUUACUGUAUACAGUAUCUUAGCUUCUCAGCACAAGGAAGAGAUACAUGUGAUAAGUAAAGAAUGAUGAUAAAUUUUAACAUCGGUGAAGAAAUGAGAAAUGAUGUGAUCAACAUGUCACGAGCACGAGACAAAGAAAAAUUCUGAGUCACCAACAGAAAUUGAACCUGAGGACGAAUAGUUCUAAUUUGCUUUUGUAUUUUGCAAAAAACACGCCAGUCGUUUGUUUGGGUGGAAAAGGUCUGGUUCAGGGUUUUAUGAAAAAGAUGAAUGUGAAAUGCAGCCCUGCCCUGCAUUCUAAUGUAUUAAGGUAAACAAGAGGAUUGGAAUAAAGUACUGUAAAGUAUAAAAAUAAUGUUCAUAUAGUGUUUUGUGUUUAAUACUUUUCUUAGAACAUGCAAUCACUUUAAUACUAGUUUGUAAUUAAUGAUCUUUAGGCAGGAGUAAGCGAAAUACUCUUUUAUCUGGUGAGGGAAUAAGACAGUGUUUCUUCAAAUAAAAAGCUAUGUCAUUUGUGCAUGCAGAUGAAAUACUGUUAAGCUGGUAUAAAAAAUGAAGUUGCUGGAGACUACACAAUUGAGUUAAAUGUGGCGACUUGUAAUACAACAUCACUUAAAUCAACAUAAACGUAUGAGUGGAAGUGGUCGAACAGAACAAACUGUGUCUUCCUGCGAAACAAACACGCAUUUGUAAAGUUAUUUACAUAUCUCCAGAUGCGACCCAGUUCGUCGGUCACCAGAUUUAUUAGAUAAGGGUUUUUUCUUUGUUUUUUGUUUUCGUUCGUAUUGCGAUCCAAAGCAGACAUGUUUCGAACUGGAGGUUCAUCAGCAGUUCGAAGUUCGAAGUUCAUCAGACCAAUCUGAUUUUUCUUCCUAACUAUUUGAUGGCAUCUGUUCAUCUUUAUCAGAGCCUUUUUUCAUAUUUUUAGACGGAAAACGUUUUACUACAAGCGCUUAAAAAUAUAUUUGAUCAACUAUUUUGGUUCAAAUUGCCCCUCGAGAGGCUUAGUUAGACUUUGUUCUGCCGGGUUCAAUCGACACUUAAGGUCUGCAACAAACCUUACUUUUUAAUGUCGAGUGUUUUUUAGUUGCGAAAAAAUAUACACAGCAAUGAGAGGCCCUCUUAUCAACAAACCUCUACAAUGAAUUACAAAACCUGUUACAACCCGUAGCUUCAUGACGGCUCUUUCUUUUUCUUUAAGAUUACAUGAGACAAAAAGCACCAGCAGCACCAGGUAAAAUAAGAGUCAUUGACAUCGUUUCGACAGUUGUUGAUGAUCUGAAGACAGUACAAAUCGUUAGUUUAUUACUUUUUUAAGAAACAUGUAUCUUGUGCCGGAUAGUUGAUGAAGUAAUAUCUCAAAAGUGUAAGACUGACUAGAACGCAGAAACGUAAGUGUUUUUAAAAUUUAUCAUUUGGUGUCUUUUUAGAUUUAUCUCAAAAUUUAGAGAAAUUUCCUACGCUUGAUCUCCCACUAAAAUAUUUUCUGUGCAGUUAUCGAUUUCUUCAUUCAACUUUUUGUGAGUCUUGUCUUUCUGUAAGCAAAGAUUUUAUGGAAAAGUUUAUUGUUUUCUUAACUUAUCGUGGAUUUAAUUUCUAUGAGACUAAAAAUAACUGUUGUACUUAUUCAUGAUCGAUCAGAUACACUGUAAAUUUGAAAGGAUUUUCACCCUGAAGUACCAACUAGCCAUGCAGGCCAAGUCUUUUUACACACUGUAAGUUUCCUGUGGAGCCAUUUAAUAGGCAAUUUGAAUCAAAACGGCCCACUCAAAUAUCUUUUAUAACAGUGAAUAAUGAAAUCUUAUAUAUUUGGACGGUUAUGAGCCUUCUUCACGCACUGAUUCAAUCCUGUCUUUAACCAAGUUACAUAUCUCUUCUAUCACUGGUGCAACUAUGCCUCGCUGAUUCGCUCCUGCAUUGUACUGAUGAAACAUCCCAGUUCAAUGACCGCCUUACAUUUGCCAUACCUAGGUCAGGGCGAUGAAACGCGUACUUGGUGACCCAUUUGUUUCUUGAUUUCCUGAUGAUGAUGUGGCCUAAGAACUGGAGCUGUCGUUCUUGUAACAGCUGCAUGAGCGGGACUUGUUUCACCCGGCCUCUCGAGGACUUCUUCUUUCUUGUUACCCAGAAAUAUUCUACAGCGAUUGGUUGGUCAGCUGAUGACUUUAUCUUCAAGCUUCUUUAAUUUGCUAGUGUUCCUGCGUCACAUCCGUAUAGAAGUAUCAGUAGAUAGGUUGUCUCGAACGAGUUGAUUUAAGGUCUUUAGAGGCAGUCGCCUAAGACUCUCUAACUUCCAGCGGCGAUGUUGGAGGUCAUCCCUUAUCCAAGGUAAAUGAAAUCAUCAGCGACCUUGAUGUCUUCAUUAUUUGAGAUCGGAUUUUUCUUUGUGUUGACGACGAGGACGAUCUUUUCGGUCUUAGCAGUUUUUUUUCAGCUGGUUAUGGGCUUCUUCAAGGGAAUUCCCAAGAGUAUCAAUAUUGUCUGCAAAGUCUCAGGUCAUUAAUCACUUUCCUGAGGUAUCUGCCAGAUCUUCUGGGCGCUCUGGUAAAGUCGUGGUCUCCCUCUCAUUGCUUCAUUAUGAAAUCGUUGAUAACGAUGAGCAAAAAGGGGACCGAAACCCCCCCCCCCCCCCUCCGGAAGGAGUUUAGUGACCUCAAAUUCUUUAGUCAGAUGGCUAUCAACAUAUACUGCACUCUUGAAAUUGGUAUAUAGGGCUAUCGCGAUAUCAACUUAUGGUUCGGGAUUCCGUUUUGUUCGCAAUAUAUCCGUAAAAGAUGGAGAUUUGGCAGUAAUUUAUCGAUACGAAUAUGUGACAUCUCAUAUGUUCAUAAAGUCCAAAUAUUUUCAGUCUGUAGUUUCGUAACUGCCUACGUUGCGUACAUAUCUGGGAUGAUCCUUCAUGUGUUAAAUCAGACACUACUGUCUCCAUUCUAGCCCACACUGGAACUCGUUCCAACUUGAGGGUCAAAAUUUGGAUUCAGCACUAAAAAAAAAUCUUUUAAAAUGACCGUGUCUAUGUGUAAACUUCAUACGUAGUUAGUUACAAACAAGUAGGGGGUGUUUAUCUAUACCACAGAAGACCAACCUGUAGUUUCUAAAUUGACGUUUAUGGUCGAGAAAGGCUAUUAUUUGAGCAAUUUUUCCUCGAAAAGUUUCCCUCGAAAGGAGAACUUGUCCUUGCUAAUCAUUGGCAAAACUUGGCAAAUGUUUUGUUUGACAAGUGUUCUUGCUCAAAACCUGGCGUGGUGUUUUCGACCGAACAAAUAGGACACUUUCCCAAGAAGGCUUUCAAAAACGUUUUUUUUGUCUCAACUGUUUUUAGGACGUAAGGAAUUCGUUCCUGGAUAGCUUGAUUGCAAGCACCCAGUUAUCAAAGAUGAACACUCAACUCACGAUUUUUGCUUUGGCAAUUUUCCUGUUUGCUACAUGUUCUCGUGGUAAGGUCAUUGACUUCUUUUACUCUAUUAAGGCUAGAAAACGUACAUUUUUUUACUAGUUGUUAACUGUUAUUACACUGCGCUGGGAAUAAUAAUAUUACCCUGAUCACCAAAGGCGCUGCUUGCGCAACCGAGCUAUGACCUCUUGACUGUUUACUCCAUUUAUACUCAUAUAUGCUUGUGAGGAAGGUGUGAGUUUUAAGCAGCUGUAGUUCUUAGAGCAGUUUAAUAGCUGUUGCUAAGAAUGUUUCGUCAAUGGUAAAAUUGCCUUUCUAGAUACGAAUACGAGUCAUAUGUUGGAGUGUGACGUUACAUGACGUCAAGAAUUCGCUAUUUUUAAUUGAUGGCAGCAAGAAAUAUAACUUUUAUCGAGACAACUAAAGCCAAAAUAUGUAAAAAUAUUGUUCUAAUGUAACGUUUUACUAGUCUUUCACAUUCCAUUGCUUUGUAAAAAAAAUCCAAUCAAAUGCACCAUCGGUUAAAAUAUGUCUUUCUAACAAUACUUUGAUUCUUCUUAUCUGAAACUGUUUAGGUUACUCUGCAAGGCAUAAUUCUACAAAAAGAGAGUUUAAGAAAGGUGAGGAAUUACAUGAUGACAGGUGCAAACGGCUCCUAGAGUCCGCGUCCUAUAAAACCUAUACUCUCAUGCAAAUCCUUUACAAAUCGUCUUGUCAACCAAAAGGAUGGGAAGGAUUUUUCAACCGAGCGGACAUCAAAAAACUGAUAGUAAAGAUCUCCAAACGGCUUCAAAAAGAUUCUCGAAAGAGGAAGCUUAGACUGAAUCCAAAAAUCGGAUGGAUUUUCAGAGCACUCUAUAUGGUUCCUCCUGACCAAGUGAAGGCUAUAAUUAUGGGACAAGAUCCAGCCCCACAACCUGGCCUAGCAACGGGGCUCUCAUUUAGUCUAGAUCCCUCGAUCCAUCCCAAAACUGUCCAAAGUGUCCUAAGAGUGAUUCUUGAAGCUCGAAACGAAGGGUACUGCGUUAAUACUAAUGUGGGUGUCUUGGAGAACUGGGCUAAACAGGGCGUUCUUCUGCUAAACACAGCGCUGACCUUAGUACAGAACAAAAUUGGCUCGCACAUACCAAUCUGGAGAAGAUUCAGCCGUGAAAUGAUAAAGUAUAUAAACGACAAUGUUCGUCCAUCCGUUUGGAUUCUUUGGGGUAGCAAAGCUAAAAGGUUAGAGAACAAAAUCAACAAAAGAAAGCAUUACAUUGUGAAAGGAGGCCAUCCAUCGCCCAGAGCAGCUGCCAAAAAGUUCUUCUGUCGAAGUUACUUUACCUGUGCUAACGAAUGGUUGAAUAGAAAAGGUCGCGGCAUAGUGGACUGGAACCUUGUUCCUCCGCCUUGCAAAAACCACGCCAGUCGUUUGUUUGGCCGGAAAAAGUCUGGUUCAGGGUUUACCGAGAAAGAAAGAUGUGAAAUGCAGCCCUGUCCGGCAUUUUAAUGUAAUGAGAUAAAUAAGGAGUUUGAAACAAAGUAAAACAUCUGUUCACUAUUAUUUGGAUUUGCAGUCACUACUCUUAAGUAAGAAGCAAACGAAAUCAGUCUUUUAUCGAAUUAAGGAACUGACUAAAAGACCUAGGUCACAGUGGGAAAUUCAGUUCUUGAAGUAAGGUGGCGGGGGAAGGAAGGUUUGAAAAGAAGCAUCUAAGUGCCUUGUCUAAAAGGAGGGGAAGAAUUACGGGCUCCUCCCCUAGACCUACUAUUACUGUAUACAGUAUCUUAGCUUCUCAGCACAAGGAAGAGAUACAUGUGAUAAGUAAAGAAUGAUGAUAAAUUUUAACAUCGGUGAAGAAAUGAGAAAUGAUGUGAUCAACAUGUCACGAGCACGAGACAAAGAAAAAUUCUGAGUCACCAACAGAAAUUGAACCUGAGGACGAAUAGUUCUAAUUUGCUUUUGUAUUUUUGUACUCUUUCCUUGAACACUGCCGAGUCUUCUUAGGUGAAUCCUAGCUAAUCCUGGUAACUUAACGGUACAAACAAACUGGAAAUGUAAUUUAAAAAGACAUACAUCACAGCUUCAUUUCUUAUAAAUACAAAUGAAAGGAUAUAAAUAAGUGUCGUGCAUAUAAAUAUCUGGACCUAGAAUCUUGGACGAAAGGAAACAUACCAAUAAAAAGUCACUAUGAUGGUCCUUACAUGUAAAUGUGGCGCUUCUUUAUAUGAAAACAUGAUAUGUUUAAGCGAAAGCGCUCUAACAGAGAAAUGUGAGUGUGAAACAGACAUUAUAUUCAAACUGUACAUUACACUGGCCAUAUUUCAACGUUGUCUUUUCUGACUUCUUUAUGUCUUUCAACAGCAUCAAAAGCCAUUACGGCCCCUGAUAGUAUAGUUCUCUUUGCACUGCUUUUAAAGCGUUUGCUAUAUUUUGUUCACACCCUCAAAUAACAAUCUGCAUCGCAAGAAGACCGUCGUUUUGAUAGGUAUAGUGAGCUAACUUGUAAUUAUUACCUUAGGGGUUUCUUUGAAAGUCUCAGUUUGUUUAUACGUGAAAGGUUUGUCCUAUAAGAAAUUGUCGUUAUAAUCAUAUUUUUCUUGGACGUUUUAUGGGCUCAAUCUGAAAGAAAUUAACCCAAUCGAACAUCUCCAUGUUUUAUUAUUAUUUUUUUUUUGCAGAAAAAGGACCUCUUUAUAACAGA